ACAGUAUAACGUUGAUAGUAAUAAAUAAUAAUAAACCAUCUGCGAACUUUGCUGUGCUUCGUGGUUCUUAAGUAAAAUUUUUUUUUUUAGAACAAUUUUAUAUAAACGUUUAAUUUAAAGAUUUCGACAUUUUGAUGGCAAUUGUGCUAUCAUGCUUCAAAAGAUGCUUCGAUGGCAUCAAGUACACAGAACAUACAUCCUUUCCACUAAUCAACCCUAUAUGUUUGGAUACCAGCCGAAUGGGUAAUGAAGUAGUGAUUGUGAAAAAUGGUACUAGAAUAUGUGGUAGUGGUGGUGUCUUGUGUACUGCACCAAUAGUGCAAAAUAAAUGUUAUUUUGAAGUAAAAGUACAACAGUCUGGAAUCUGGGGAAUAGGUUUAGCUCUGAAUGAUGUAGAUCUGUGUAAAGCACCAGGUGGUCACGAUCAAUAUUCGUGGGUAUUGUGCAAUGAUGGAGCACAACGACAUAACCAGCAAGUGUUAAAAGCUAUAGAUAAUACCAUUGAAGAAGGUGAUAUUAUUGGUAUUUACUAUGACCAUGUUGAAUUAAACUAUUCAAUUAAUGGCCAACCUGUAAAUGAACCAAUUACAGGAAUAAGAGGAACUGUAUUUCCAGCUUUAUUUGUGGACGAUGGUGCAAUAUUAGACAUUGUUUUGGAAAGAUUUUCAUAUCCACCAUCCAAUGGUUAUGAUAAAAUCAUGUUAGAACAAUCUAUACUUUAACUAUAUAUUGCUUCAAACCAAAAGGAACAGAAAAUAACUAAUUAAUCAUUCCAUUAACAAUAAAUUAUAAUUUUGUAUUUUUUCUAUAAA